AUGGGAGCACCUAGAAAGAACCACCCCUUGUGUAGAAAGAUCAUGAAGAUCCUCUUCUCUCACGUUGGUCUGUGCGGUAUGGUGAUCCUUUACUGCGUCGCAGGAGGAUUCAUCUUUGAGCAUCUUGAGAAGAACAACGAACAGCAGAUUUGCUACGAUUCCUAUUAUGAAUAUAUACCGAUGGAGAAUAAGACCAUAAACUCGACCCUGAAGAUAUUUUACGAUUAUGGAGGAGCUGUUACCACAGCAGAAACCAGAGAACUGAUGAUCAUUCAGCUUCAGAGCAUACUGCAAACUUUUCGGGACAACACCCUUGCCAUUGGGUACGACGGACGGUCUUGUAACUUGUAUGGCAAAGAAAAUGGUCCAGUGUAUGAAUGGUCUUGGGCCGGUGGACUUAUGUUUUCUGUUACUGUUAUAACAACCAUAGGUUACGGCCAUAUUGCUCCAAAGACGGUCUGGGGUCGACUGGUGUGUAUCGCCUAUGCUGUUCUGGGCAUCCCUUUGAUGUUACUGUGCCUAGCCAACAUAGGCAGUGUCAUGGCCGACGUUUUCCGUUUCAUCUAUGCCAAAAUUUGUUGCUGUGGCGGGUGCAGACGAAAGAAGAAAGACAAUGUGGUGAAGAUGAAACAUUUUGACAGCAACAAGAGCAGGCAGUGGACUGUAGACAAGAGCAAUAUUAUUGCAGAAGAUCGACAUGCAUCUGUGUCGACAGAGUUCUCUAACCUGAAGUCACGAUCAUCGACUGGAAGUAUGGACUCCAGCGAAGACAGACUAGAUUCAAAAUCUUCGAAAAACACUUUUGGUAUUGGAAAGGUCAAGAUCGUACCACUGAACGUGACGAAAAAGAACCCCCUCUUCAUGAAUGAUGACAGCGACGAUGAAGACGACGAAGACGACCUAGAUGAACAGAAGAUAACAGUCCCUCUAACGAUAACAAUAAUCGUCAUUGGCGGAUACAUCUUUGGUGGAGCCAUACUGUUUGGCCUUUGGGAAGGCUGGGACUGGCUUCAGGCGGCCUAUUUCUGCUUUAUCACUCUCAGCACGAUUGGGUUUGGAGACGUUGUGCCAGGAACCGACUUUGAUAACCCCCAGGCGCAAGGCCAGUUGCUACUGGGAUCUAUUUAUGUGUUGUUUGGUAUGGCUAUACUCUCCAUGUGCUUUUCUCUGAUGCAGGAUGAGAUUCUGGCCAAGGCAAGGUGGAUUGGGCUGAAGUUAGGCAUUAUUGAUAAAGAAACUGAAGACUGA